AUGCCGCUGCACGCGGGCGGGCUUGGGCUCUCCUCUGCCGCAGCCACCAAGUGGCGUCUCAAAAAUCCCGGCGCGCGCCAACACCCGCAUUCGCAGUGCCCAAGCGCUGCCAACGGUAAACGAACGGACGGCGACGAGGACGGCGAAGCGGAGGCGCAGAAGGGUGCAGAUGCGUGGCUAGCGGAGAAGGGAGCGGGGGGGACGGCGCUAGGGGGUGGCGCGCGAAUGGGGAGAGGGCUUCGUGGAAGGGGACCCGGAGUUAAGCGGAAGGGCUGGCAGAGGGCACGUGGAGGGGUGCGGGGUGGGGAGAGGAGCGGGAACGUCGGCGGGUGUGGGAUGGAUGGGCAGAGUGAUGCGGGAUUGGGUAGAGGGGCGAACGAAAGAUGGGAUGACGAGAUGGAGUUAGACAUGGUGUGGGGCGACGACGAUGACGACGAUGAGAAGGACAUGGAGAGGAGUGGAGGAGGGGACAACAGCGGAGCAAGGAAAGGCUGGGCACACAGUGGAGGGAGUGGUCGAGAGGGAAGCGAGGAUGUGAUGCGAAUGGAGGACGAUGGAAGUGUGGUGGCUUCUGACCGGUUGCAAGGCGUGCCCAUUCCACCCAAGCGCAGGUCUCUUGGCGGAGGAGGUCAGCAGUCCUCUGCAUCCCUGUAUGGCGCGGGGUCCGGCAGUGGCAUGCGGCCGCGCAGCCAAUCCGAGGCGGACCUCACCACGCUGCGGAUGAGGCACUGUGCGGGUGGCGGAGGGGGGAAAGAGGGCUCGUGGCGAGAGAAAGGCGCGCACGCGCGUGGGGAAAAGGGGGUGAAGAGAGAGGGGGAUAUGGACGUGGAUGCGGGAGUGCAAUGGAAUGAGGAAGUCGAUUUGCUGAUGGAUGGAGGAGGAGGAAGGAGGGGACAGGAAGGGGUGAGAGAGGUGUGGAUAGAAGAAGGGGGAGACGAUGAGGCAGGGGGAGGGGAGGAAGAUGUAGUUGAGGUAGAGGAGGAAAAGAGAGCCGGGGAGGAGGGAGAAGAAGAGGAGGAGGAAGGUGACGAGGAUGGGCAACUGGAGCUACUACAGCAUGUGCCGAGUGGUCACCGGGACCUUGUGCUUCUCACUAUGCCCUCGCCUCACUAUCGUGCACUCACUACCCCCUCCGGUGCUGCUGGUGCUGGCCCUGUGGUGGGGAAGGGUACGCGAGAGGAUGCAGUGGGGGAGGGAAGGGGGGAGCGAGUGGGCAUGCAUCGAGUCGCCAGUGAUGGCAGCAUAUGGAGGGCUGGGGGGAGGACAGGCGGCAUGGGAAGAGCAGGGAUAGGAGAGGGCGAUGUGGAAAAGGGCGGGAUGACGGGGGCGAGAAAGCAAG